AUGAAGUCGAAGCAAUCUUCAAUUAGGCCGGUGGGUCAACGCUCCAUUCAGUCAACGUUCAUCCGUUCUGCAACCAGGCCUGGGACUGGAAUUUGCGAGAAAGAUGUGGUCUUUAAAGCAGGGAAUGAAAAGGGUUCAAGGGUUUCAUUCUCUGAAUUCCUGAGCAGAAAGUUGCAUAGAAAUUCCGUAUUGCCUGGAUUCGCUAAGGGAAAAGAGGAACCAUCUAUUUCCCCGGUGGGUUGUAAGAACUUGAGCAGUCUGAAUGCAGAGAAAGGUAAGAAAGAAGCAGAGGAAGACGAGAGGGAUUUUGCAAUUGAUAUUGUCCUUCAACAGUUUAAACACACUAAAACGGAGAAAGAAAGUGCUCGUCCAGUUGGGGAUAAUGAGCACAGAAAUGCCACAGCAGAUGCGAUUGAUGAGUCAAGAAAAAGAAAGCGAGCUGAUCAAGUAGAAUACUCCAAGAAGGUUUUGGCAGUCCUUGGAGACGAUUCUGGUGUCAAGAGGGAAAGAAUGAAGAAGAAUUUAGCAAUCAAUGAGACACCAAAAGUCCUCUAUAAUCAUUAUGCCAAUGGAGGUGGCUGGUGGGACUGCAACAUGGAAGGUGUUGAUAAUGAAGAAGUAGGUUGUUCUGAAGUAUGGGAAGGAGUGGGUACUGCUACGCUUGGCGGCCUGGAUUGGAAUUGA